CGCCGCCCCGCUCGUCCGCAGUGUCAGUCCGUCGCCGCGUUUUGUUGACGUUCGUCGUGUCCCGCUCGCCGGUCGUCUCUACCGCCGAUCACCGACCCGCGUCCGGUUAAAAUCACUUUGACGCACGUCCGGUUUUCGUUUUCGCUUCGCGCGCGCACACCACCGACAUGAAAACGUGCCGUGCCGUUGCCGACAUCGCGCACCGCCCCGGAUCCAAUGAAAUUACCAAAAUGAAGUAAUUUAAUUAACUGUAAUAUUAAUUUCAACGAAACACUAAUAUGCGAAUCAAUGGCGCAGAAUCACUGUCAUCGUCUUCAAAAUCUGAAGCCGAUGACAUGAUUGAAACGGAAAAUGAAUCCCUGCGUGAACGUGUUGGUGAUUUGGAAAAGAAAGUUUUGGAACAAGGUGACGAAAUUGUGUGCCUACGAUCAACGUUAGCCGAUGCACUUAGGCGGUUGAACCAAUUGGAAGGCAGUCGGACAUUAAGUCUUAACACAUCCGUUUUGAAGAAUGGAAAUACGCCUAGGGCGGGUAAUCAUUAUGGUGGAAAUGGUCAUCAUUUAAUUUCACCAACUUUAUCACAAAAAGAAGUAACACUUCGCUAUAGAUCUACAAAUGAGCAUCCAGUGUCUGCCCUAAGGGACCCAGUCAGAAGAGUCCCUAGUCACAAUAGCACACAUUCUUCUUUACCUCAAAGAAGGGCUGUACAUUAUCAAUCUACCGGGUCAUUACAUUCAGAUUCACCAAGUUCAAGUAGUGUAUCACCAGUGCCUCCAGCGUCUCCAUCACCAUCACCUACAAGGCCUGCAACUGCUCAAAAAUCACAGCGUUCAAAUGGCACAAAUUUGUAUAAUUCUAAACGAUGGAGUUCUACUGGAGACUUCAAUCAGGCGCAACAAUUUAGUGUUGCACCCCAAUCUUCCACAUUAGCUUCCAGACUUGGCACAAAAUCAUUGCUUAAUUUGAACUUGCGAACACCUACACAGCAAAAUCACAACCAUCAUUAUCAUCAAAAGCAUGGCACGCGUGACGCUACGUACAACAAUGAGGAGGGAAGCGUGCGGAUGUUCCUGCGAGGACGUCCCAUAAACCUGUACGCGCCGACCGCCGACAUCGCCACUUAUGACAUCACCAAAGUGGCCACCGCUCCUUCGUCCAAGCUCAAACUCGAUUGGGUUUAUGGGUACAGAGGGAAAGACUGCCGUUCCAAUUUAUAUUUGUUACCCACGGGCGAAAUGGUAUAUUUCGUGGCAUCCGUGGCCGUGCUCUACAACGUUGAGGAACAGAGCCAGAGGCAUUAUUUGGGACACACCGACGACAUAAAAUGUUUGACCAUCCAUCCCAACAAGUUGUUGGUGGCUACGGGCCAGACUGCCGGACACGACAGUCGCGAGGGAAAACCUCACAUUCGAGUGUGGAAUUCCGUCAGCUUGGCCACGGUCGUCGUCCUUGGGUUGGGAGAAUUCGAACGGUCCAUCAGCUGUUUGUCUUUCUCUAAAGCGGACGGCGGUAGUCUGUUGUGCGCGAUCGACGAAGGGAACGACCAUAACAUAUCCGUUUGGGACUGGCAGAAGAACGAAAAGGGUCACAAGAUCACGGAGACCAAGUGCUCGAUGGACACCGUUGUUGCCGCAGAGUUCCAUCCACUGGAACGCAACCAGAUCGUCACCUGCGGCAAGGGUCACAUCAGUUUCUGGACAUUGGACACGGGCGGCACCCUGUACAAGCGCAACGGGAUAUUCGAAACGACCCGGGACCGUCCGAAAUACGUGACUUGCUUGGCAUUCACGCAGAACGGAGAUGUGUUGUCCGGAGAUUCCAACGGGUCCGUCGUCAUAUGGUCGCGGGGUACAAACAAUAUCAAAAAAGUCGCUAGAAAUGUCCACGAGGGAUCGGUAUUUUCCAUUUGCGCUCUUAAAGAGGGAAGCAUCAUAACCGGUGGCGGUAAGGACGGAAAACUGAUCCAGUUCGACACUUCGAUGCAUCCCACUGGAUAUGAAGCACAAGUAGCUGAGCACUUGGGAGGUAUUCGUACAGUAUCUGAAGGUCGUGGAUCACAGUUACUUGUGGGAUCCACUCGUAAUUGCAUUCUGAUAGGAUCAUUGUCAAUGGGCUUUAGUCCAGCCGUUCUAGGCCAUACCGAUGAAUUAUGGGCCUUGUGUCCUCAUCCAACAUUGGCUCAAUUUCUUACAGCUGGAUUUGAUCGUAUUGUACAACUUUGGGACUCGUUGUCUCACUCUGUUGUAUGGAGUAAAGACAUUGCAGAACAAGCACAAUCUGCUGCUUUCUCUAGUAACGGUCAUAUAAUUAUUGUUGGUUGUGUGUCGGGUAAAUGGAUUGUUAUGGAUUCAGAAACUCGAGAAAUCUAUUCGACUCACGUUGAUGGAAAUGAACCGAUUCAGGUUGUGAAAUUCUCUCCAGACGGCCAACUGCUUGCAUUGGGUUCCAGGGACAAUUACAUCUAUAUUUAUCAAGUCACAGAUGGUGCCAAGCAUUACACUCGUUUAGGCCGUUGCACUUGUUGGGAAGACAAAUGCCGCAGAAGAUGUAGUACCGGCGCUAUUAUUGACAAAUUGUCGGGUCAUUCAAGUUUUAUCACUCAUAUAGAUUGGUCCUCAGAUAAUGAAUACUUGCGUAGUAACUCAGGAGAUUAUGAGCUGUUAUAUUGGAAAGUGAAAGUUUGUCGUCAAGUGCCUCAAAGCACUCAACUAAGAGACGUUGCUUGGGCAUCCAACUCUUGUGUUUUAUCAUUCUCUACAAUAGGAAUUUGGCCUGAAGGUGCUGACGGUACUGAUGUUAAUGCAUGCGAGCGAUCUAACAAAGCCAAACUAAUGGCUACAGGAGAUGACUUUGGUAAAGUGAAACUGUAUUCGUACCCGGUCAAGCAACCAAAAUCACUGUGUCAUUCAUACGGAGGUCAUAGCAGCCAUGUGACAAAUGUAACUUUCUUGCACGAUGACUCCAGACUGAUAUCGAUCGGUGGAAAGGAUACCAGUGUUCUGCAAUGGCAAAUCAUAUAAGAUGAUUGUUGAAUCUUAUUAUAAUAUCAUUUUUAUUAUUAUUAUAUUAUCGUCCAAAUGAUUUCUUCACUAUUAUGAAAAAAAUAAAAUAUUGAAUUUAUAACAUUAUUUAUUAUUGUUUAGUGUUUUAAUAAUAUUCACUUUAUGACAGAUACAGGUCCAAGUGCAAUGUUUAUGUGUUACUCAAAUGUUCUAUAUUAUUACUACACAUUCAUAUACAUUAUUGUCGAUAGUUGUUAAUUGUUUAUGUACGUCCAUGGUACACAUUAUACUAUAACUAUUAUUAUUCUUA